CCCCCGGGGGCUCGGGGACCCGCGGGACUCAGCAGGAGCGGUACCCGAGACGAGCGGCGGCCCGCCGAGAGCCCGCUCCGCUGCCGGGAGGUACCCGCCGAUCGCCAGCAUGAUCGAGGGCUGUCAGAAUGAGUGCACAGCUGGAGGAUGUUCAGGCGAAACAGCAAAGCACAUGACUGAAUCUUUCAAGGCUUCAGACUUGAUUAUCACCCCAGCUACGACUUUCAAGGAAAAACCAGACCCCAGUGGUUUGGUAUUUGGAACUGUGUUCACUGAUAAUAUGCUGACAAUUGAGUGGUCCUUGGCUUCAGGAUGGGAGAAACCUUAUAUUAAGCCGCUUGAGAACCUUUCAUUGCAUCCAGCAUCCUCGUCUCUGCAUUAUGCUGUAGAACCAAGAGGACAGACAGAGGAGAAUCUGGUGCCAAUGCUGUGGCUCAAUGAAUACACAUUGUUUGAAGGAAUGAAGGCUUAUCGAGGAGUGGAUGGCAAAAUCCGCCUUUUCCGACCAACCCUCAACAUGGACAGGAUGGUGCGAUCAGCAAAACGAGCAGCCCUGCCAUGUUUUGACCAGAAUGAGCUGUUAGAGUGCAUCCGGAAGCUUGUGGAAGUGGAAAAGGAGUGGGUCCCAUACUCAGCUGCUGCCAGCCUGUAUAUCCGUCCUACCUUAAUUGGAACUGAGCCUUCCCUUGGAGUGAAGAAGCCAACUAAAGCCCUACUGUAUGUCAUACUGAGCCCUGUGGGCCCUUACUUUGCAAGUGGAAGCUUUAAUCCAAUAUCCUUAUGGGCAGAUCCGAAAUAUGUAAGAGCCUGGAAAGGAGGAACAGGGGACUGCAAACUGGGAGGGAAUUAUGGUUCUUCUAUUUAUGCCCAGCAAGAAGCCCUGGAUUUAGGCUGCCAGCAGGUUUUGUGGCUUUAUGGAGAAGAUCACCAAAUAACUGAAGUUGGAACAAUGAAUCUCUUUCUCUACUGGAUAAAUGAAGAUGGAGAAAAUGAAUUGGCAACCCCACCUUUAGAUGGCAUCAUCCUUCCAGGAGUGACAAGACAAAGCAUUUUGGAUCUGGCAUGCGAUUGGAGAGAAUUUAAAGUGUCUGAGCGAUACAUCACCAUGAGUGACCUGACAGCUGCCUUGGAAAAAAACAGAGUAAAGGAGAUGUUUGGUGCUGGAACAGCUUGUAUUGUAUGUCCUAUCUCUAAAAUUUUGUAUAAGGGCAAGCAUUUGCACAUUCCAACUAUGGAGAAUGGACCUCAGUUAGCAACCCGUUUCCUCAAUAAGCUGAGUGAUAUACAGUAUGGAAGAGAAGACAGUGAUUGGGCAGUGCUGGUAUCGUGAAGGUGGAAGAGUUCAGACCCUCCAGACACAACAGACAUGAAUAAAGACAACUUCUGUGGCUGACUGUAUAGUGUAGUUUCUGAGUCAGUUUGAUCCCCAGGAUGAUUGUUUCCACAAUCCAGCAAAUGUGAACACAAUCAUUUUGAUUUCUACUAUAAACUUGUUGGUAGAAGCCUGUCUUCUUGGUAGAGGUGCUAAAUGUUCGCAAUAGAACUUUCCUAAUGGUUUUCUUAGUGUCUCCUUGUGUCUUGUGUACAGUCUGAAAACUUGUAAAAUGCUCUUCAACUGUUCUUCCAUCUGGUUUAACUGCCACCGCCAGCAGAGCACAUUGUCACAUAACACAAAGACCUUGCCUGUUAGCUGUCCAUAGGGUUCUAUUGCCAUUUUUCUGCCUUUUGCUCUGUGUUUGGGAAACAAUCAGGUUUAGUCAUACGCUCUUUCCUUUCAUACUCUCCUUGUAUGAUAUAUUGCUGAGUUUGCAUAGCUCUCUAGAUCCCCUCAUGCACGCUCUGUCAAAUAACAGUUCUGUUCUUUAGGCCAAAAUUAUCUGAGAUGAUCUAGCCUGCAAGAUGCUCCCUGUUGGCCUAUUGCCUUUUCUUCCAAGGGAUAUGCAGUGGCUGCUUGGACAAUGCAUACCUCUAGUAGUUGAAUACAUCCUUCCAUGUAUGACUUAUAGGACUUGGUCAUGCCCUGAUAAGGCAAGAAUUACCCUUUGUCUGACCUAGCACAGAGCUGGGCACUGUGGACACAGUGUUGCCUUCCAGGUGAGUGUCUAGAAAAUAAGAUUAGACAACUGGCUGUGAAAGUUGGACCACUCUUCACAGGAACCAGAUCUUUAGGUUGAGGAAUUUCUUUCAUCAUCCAGUCACCUAAUUCAGAUCAGCAAAAUGUUCUUCUCCCCUUUACCACUUGUUGUGAAAUGUAUCCAGCUUCUGUUGACACGUGUACUUUAAUAGGGCCUUCCUAUUAAGCAACAAGCUAUGUUGUCCACAGAAAAUAUCUAGCACAAGAAGGAAAGAAUUUCAUUCAAACCUUGCUUUUCUUUUGACUAAGUACAUACUUCUUCAUAUACUUCUACUCUCUCACAUGCAGUCUUGAUACUAUUUGGAAGCAAUACAGAGCAUGUAGCCCAUAGUUAGGGAAAUAACUUCUGCAAAUGUUCACUAACAAUCAUACUGUAAUAUUUAUUAGCUUUCUCUUUUUGCACACAGCUUUGUCGAACAGCUUUAAGAUAUCACUUGCCAAAAAGGAUGACUAUAUUAUGUAUCAAUGUUCCAAAGUGCUACUUCAGUGUAAAUCUGGUGGAACUUUAUUGACACUAAUGGAGCACUAUAAGAAGUGGAAUAUUUAUUGCCAUAGUUUUCAAUAGAGGUGCACCAGUAUUAAGGGAAAUAUUUAGUGCUUUACUUUUUUUUAAUACCCAACAGUAUCUCUCCCAUGCUUUAUAAGUCCUUUAUAGUUACUGGCACUUGUUAACAUAGUUUAAAAAGGCAAAAUAUAACUUCUAACAGACCAUCCAUGCCUUACACAACUGCUAAAAGGUAGCUUUAUGGCUUUCCUCUUUAAUUUUGGUCAGAUUUUAAAUACAACCCUACUUAGCCAUCACUUUCUUUUGCUCCCUCAAAUCACGAUUUUACUAUCUUUCACUGCAAUCUAAUCUGAUCUUUUAAUGAAGAACAGUUGAAGGAUCUCUCUGACAAUGUAACCAUUGUUAAAAUAUGUUGAAUUGUUUUCUCUUUAGAAUACAACUGCAAGCACAAAAUGUUGUAGCAAUAGUACAGCGUGUCUGCUUUUCUGGCCAUUUGAAUCUGUAUUGUGUGCUGGUCUUUGUUCAGUAUCUUGCUAUGUAUUAUAAGAUGCUGGUAGUCUUUCUUUUUAUUUAAAUAGAUGGGUGAAAAAAUUAACAUGGGGCAUAUGUCAAGAUGCAAUGUGGGGUAGAGAGUUUUAUUCAAUGAGACAAGACUAAUGAGUGCCUUUAACUAGAGUGUGGCAUGGAGCUCUAAAGAUUAUGUAAUGAGCAACCACAUGUGACUUCCUGUUACUGAACUAUCUAAUCUGCCCCAUUAUGUUUGCCUCAUCUUUAGCAGCAAAAGGAAAAGCGGAAAUAUCUAACUUCAGAUACAUGGCAAAGUGGUUGUAUGGUAACAUCUCAGGAUGUUCAUAUAGUUGACAGAUACCAUAUAUCAAAAAUCCCCAUGAAGGUAUCAUAAGGGCCAGUUAGAAGAAUUAUUUUACUACAGUGUAAAUCUAAAAGUUGUGUAAAACUGUCCUUAAAUUGGAUGCAAGUAAUUUAAUGUGAAGAAACCAGGCAAUUUCAUUUACUGUGGUUUGCAUUCUUUCCUGCACUCACCAGAGAGACACCUUUCCUUUUACUGCAUGUUUUGAGUUUAUGGAGACAAAGAUGAAACUGGAAUGACCCCCAGAAAUGCUUUUAGACUUUUCUAGCAGAGAAGAAUGAAAACACAUAGUGUGUAUGUGUUAACUGUUGUCUUUAACAUCUUGGUUAAUUGCUUUAUUCUGUCAACUGAAAAUUGUGCUUGUUUUUUAAAUAGGAUCCAGGUGAAUAGGUUCUAGAUUUUAAAAUUUAAAACCUAAAUAAGGGAGCUGAGGGGUCAGUACAGUACAGGAAAUUCUGCUGACAUUGCAUGCUGUCCUACCCUUCAUUCUGCCACUGCUUUUUUAUCCUGUUAACCAAAGGAAAGAAAUAAUAUGUGUAAAUAAGAGUGAGUAUUUGGUAUUGCAUUCUCCCUAUUUUCGCCUCUACAAUUUAGGAGAGAACUGUGGCAUUCCCUGAGCUAAUAAUAGAUUGUAAAAGAACAUCUGCACAUCUUUUCUCCAUGUGCCCUAUUUGUUUAAUUGCCACAGAUUGACAUAGAAAGAGUAUGUUACAUCAUAGCUAAGCAAUUAUCCAUUCUUCAUCACUUAGUUAUGGUUCCGCUAAUUGAUCAUUUAAGACAUAAUAUAGUCUAAAAUUAGGAACAUUUGAGACUGUUCAAAAAAGAUCAACAAAUUAAUAUUGUUGUGUGAUAUUUGCAUAAUUGGCUGCUAUUAUUUAAUGUUUAAUUGGGUUGAUCAAAUGAGAUUCAGCCUUUCACAUGCUUAUGUUUUACAAACACUGAUACUUCAAAAUUAUAAUAAUGAACUCUAAUUUUUGUAUGUUCUUUCUUCUCUCCUACAUUCUUUUGAUUAUUAUUUUCAGUAUUGAGCAUGUCCUUAAUUUUCUGUUUGGUGAGCAUGAUUCAUACAUAGGAAAGAAGUCCUUCAAAUAAGAGAACUUUUCAUGAAACUGGCAUUUCAUACAAGCUGUUCUGAUGCCAAGCAUUAUGGCUUCAGCAACUGGCAUUACUUAACUAGAUUCUUAACUGCAAUGAGUGCAAAUUCGUUCAGAAUUUACAGUGACAGACUCUGAUGAGAAUGCUAAUAAAGGUUCCUGCUUGGGGUAGAUAAUUUGUUCAGUCUGUAGCAGUGCAAAGCAAACACGAAUUUUCUGGUAUAUAGAAGGGAAGUCUGAUAAGACCAAAAGCAAGAUAGUGAGAGAUAUCUCUACCCAGCCAUUGUUUACCUGUUCAACUAUCUAAAGCCAAAAAGCAGUUGUCCUCCACUCCUCCUCUUUCUAGGUAAACUGUUGUUCAGUGUUUGCCUAAUUCAGCAGAGAUAUUGUUGAGUGUCUCCUGUAUACUUAAUUUUAUACUUAUUUUUCCUCAAGCGUGAAGAAUGGUAAUUUGGAAAAAUGUGAUAUUUGAAAGAGUAAUUUGGAAUGCAUGUUAUUUGAAGUGUCUGCCUAAUACAUGGUCUUCCAAGGAGGUAGACAGAAAAACAGCUGGGACUGAUCUCAUAGCUGCCUAAUUAGAGGAGGAACCCUCUUGAAUUCAGUGGCUUCUCCAGAACAAUCUGCAUAAUCUCAACAGAUUGCUUAGUGUGAACUGUCUGUUGAUAGUGCCUUGCUGUCAAAUAGAAUACAGAGAUGGUAGCACAGCCUGCCAGACUAUGGCACAUAGGCUCUCUCUGCAUGGGAUUCACCCUACUCAUGGUGAGUUUUCAUGCUCUAGUUGACAGGCUCAUAUACUGCAAAGUGUGCAGGUAUAAAUGAUGGCUGAGCAUGCCCUGAGGUGGGCUGUUCCUUGCUGUCUUUGUCUCCCUUCCACACAGACUUGCAGCCCCUUCCCCAGCCUCCUAUCAUGAUGUCUCUUAGUCUCAUAUCUAAAAGUGACCAUUUAAGCAAAUUUUGCAUUCUUUGUCCUUUCACAAUAGCAAUAGUGACAGUUUAAAAAAAAAAAAAAAAAAGUGAAAAAGUGUUUUAUUCAUCUUGCAGGUGUUCAGGGAUUGGAAUUGCACUUUACCACCUGCCAAUAUAAUGCCUGAACAGAUUGCCACUGGCUUUGUGACCCUGGAAAAGUUAUCUAACCUCUUUGUAAGUGUGUAGUAGUAGUAGUAGUACUACCAUUUAUACCACUUUUCACUCUAAUCCAAACUUUUGCAUAACAAGUUAUUUUACUACAGAUCAAAUAAGAUUUCCAGAAAGCUUUUUAAGCAGCAGGGGAAGAUGCUGUGUAAAGUCCAUUAUUUCAAGGAUUGCUUUAGAAUAGAAGUAUCUUGAUUACACAGGAGAAAAAUGUUAUUUGCAUGAAAAAUACAUUUAAGGUUUGCUGUAUGAACCCAUAAACAAGUAAAAUAUGUAGUUCAGAAUAUAAAGUAGCAUACAGAAAAAUCUUGAGACUUCACUUCUACCUCUCAAACAGUACUAUCUUAUUUAGAAGUGAUUCUUGAAGGAAGCAUUGUACCCCAACAAUGUAGACUCAUUAGAUUACAACUGUUCUAGUGGUACACGUUGUCAUGUAGCACUGAGACAGACUUCUUUAUCAGUCAAAUACAAAUUUUCUAAACUGCAAUACUGAGCAAUGAGACGUGUCAGAGAGCUGUGUUUUACUCUAUUUUGUCACUAUCCUCAACAUCUGGAAAAAUAAUUCAUAGGUCCUAAAUCAUUUAAGUUAAUUAACUUCUUAAUAAGUAUUGGUAUUUGUGGUCAUAACAGCAAAAGGGAGUAUUGCAUCAGUAUAAAAAUACUGUUGUAGCAAUCCUGUCCAUGUCUUGCUUUGAGUAUGAUGGUUAUUAAUGGGAAUUCCAGGAUAUUUUCCCUGACCUUGCAAAAUCUGGGUACCAUCUAUAUAGAACAGUUGGCAAAUAUAUCCCCCAACUCCAUAAAAAAAACCCUAAUUUAGCCAUUACCUUGAGCUAGAACAGCCAAGUACAUUAGGACUUAGUGGGUGUGGUACAAUACUGAAUUAGAAUAGUCAGGCCUUAGAUGUGGAACAAAAUUUUGGAAUUAUUAGCUCAGAUAGAAAUAAAUCUUGAUAAGCACAACCAAAUUUACUAAAAAUAAUGGUGUUUAAAUUUGCUACUAAUAACAGUAUGGCUAGAUCCUCAUUCCUCUCUCUGAAUAUGAAUUUAUACUGUUAGUUUAUCUUAAAACUUAAUUUAUUGUGUCUGAUUUUUAAUACAAUUCUGAAUUCUCAUGCCCUGCUUUAAAAAACAAGGCUUCUUCAUAGGAAGAUCUCCAGGAGUAUUUAAGAUCUUGAUACAGAAUUUUAAAGUCUUUAAAAUAUCUGCUGGAUAAAGAUAGGGUAGAAAAAGAGAAGACAGCUUUGUGGAAAUAGUUAGCUACAACAUUCUAAAUGGUUUUCCAACAUUGGUCAUUUUUUCUUUUUACCAAAGAAGUAUGCAGGGAAUAGUAGAUAAAAUAAGAGUAGUGCUUUUGUUUUCUAAGCAAGAGCUGGGAAAGUUCCUAAGAGCUGGUUCUCUUAAUAAUGUCAACUCUUCAUAGUACUUGAUUCUGGCAGGCUUAGAGCAGUCAUUGAAGUGUGAGAUGGUGGAGCUCAGAAGUUAUCUUAGGUGGUACUAUACUGCAAGAACAGAUUUUCUUUCAUUUUCUGAUCAAAGUAAUCAAGAUGUGAACAUGGAAUCUUUUAAAUUUUAAAGCUUUUAUAAAAAUUUUGCUUUUCAUUCUAGAAUUCUGAUACAGUAUCACUGAACUAUUAUCUUAAACUAUCAUGUCUCUGUAGCUUAUGAGGAGAAAUCAGUCUUAUUCUUUAUGUAAUCACCUUCUUCCUGUAUGCCAAAACUCCAUUGUGAUUUGGUCAUCACUAGAAUUGUGACUUCUUCAGGUGAAAUAACAGGGUUUUUUUCUCUACUAUACCCUGCUAGUACACUCUCGAGUAUUUAAUAAGUGCAUGCAGCAAAUGCCAGAGCAAACAGUAAAGUGAAAAGUCUUCUGUUUCCAGAACAGUUACACUAAGGAAUGAGAGUAAAAUUACCCAAGUCAGUCAAGACAGAUCAGAAGAACAUCAUUACCAUUCUCAUUCAGUCCAAAACAGAGUCUACCUGGGUAUACCAAGUAUAUACCAGGAUAGUAGAUUUCUAUAACUAUUUAAGAAUGCUCGUAUUCAGUUGCUUAAACACCUACAUCUGUGCCUACAUUUUCAUAACUUGGGCCCUAGUAUCUUAAGUGAAAACUGAAACACACUGUUAUAUGUCAUGAAACAGUAAAUUAUUAGAUUAAAAUAAACAGGUAAUGCUCCAGAUCAUCUAAGAGUGAGAAAAUGUUUCCUACAGGUCAAUGGCUUAUUCUGUUCCCAUAAUUUGUAUGCAUUUUCUAAUGGCCCAGUAGUUGACUAGAACUGCAAGUAGGAGACAAAUAUAUAAUUAACUCUAGUCCACAGUCAAGAUUGUUGACAAAGAUUGAAUCUAUUCCCUCCAUCUUCUGCGGAGAUGGCAUGGACUCUAGCUUGGCUACUGUAGUAGAAGAGUGACUGAAUGUAGAGGUUCUUUGCUAUGAUGGAGACAAGUUUUAUCUGAAGUUAUUUGCAGAUAAUUUCUGUUGAAGCAGUAAAUUUGGAAAGACAGAUGUCCCAAUCUACCUGACCUUCAAGGCAUUUAGAAGGGUUCAGUAGUAUUUAUUGGAAUUGUAGCAUAUAAACAGUGGGAAAUUAACAACUUUAAGAGGGAGAAGUAAACACCUCUGAAGGGUCUCUGUUUUCUCAAAUGUUAAAGUUAACUGGGUAUUUUACAAUGAUGUGAGCAUAUAAAAGCACUAAAGGACAGAUGUGUGAAAAAAUACUGGAUAAACUAAAGGAAACCCUACCUCAUUCUUCUCUAAAGGUUUUGUAGAAGCACAAUUAAGCGCUCCUAAUGGCAUUGUUAUGUACAGACCAUCUGGCACGAAAGAAACACUUUAUAUUUUUAUGUCUAUAAAUCCUGUAAUAACCGUAUCUUGCUAGCAGUGGAAACAGUCUAUACUAUUUGCAGUUUUUCUCAUCAAAUCUGUAAUUAUGCAAUGUUUCUGUCUCCAAUAAAGGAAUUUAAUGGGCA